UUUUCCACCUACUAUACAUCUUAUCCAGUUCUCAAAGAAAUACUAUACAUCUUAUCCUCACGGCAUCACACAGUCCUCUAACUCUCUCAGCUCGAGCCUGAUCCCGUCCCUGCCGCUUCCCGUCCAUAGACGGCGUCGCCGCAUUCUUGUCUCCCCUCCACGGCGUCGGCCGGCCCCUCCUCUCCCAGCCAUCUCUCCUCCAUGUCGCGCGCCGAGCCCGUCCUCCCUUCCCUCGAUGGCUUCGUCCGCAUCCUCCUCCGACUGCCACGGUGGCUCGAUUGGUUCGAUCCACCGCCAUCCACGCCCGACAGGUUAUUCCGACGAUGGGGCGGCGGCGAAGCUUAGCGCGAUGACAGAGCCUUCCUCCAGCUCUACCAAGAAACCCUCGCUCUCCGUCCGUCUUCCUCCCUUUGCCAGCACCACCUAGCGUCGCCAUGGUCGGUGGCCGCGACCACCAACAAGAGGAAUCGCGAGGCGGCGGCGGCGGCACCAAGGGGAAGCCGCAGCCCGUCACUGCCAAGGAAAAGCGGGUCACAGCUAAGGAAGUGUCGGAGUCGAGGAAGCCCGACUACAACCUUAAGAAAGACAUCGAAGUACUAUGGGGAAAGAUGAUAGGUCGUCAUUUGAGCAAGGAGGAUAUAAUCAAGCUAGUUACCGAGGCCCUCCGUAAAAUGGAUUGGAAAUAUUUGGAAUUUCUGGAUCCCAUACAUGUGUGUAGUGGUUCUCACACUCAAGAGAGUGGCAAGGUUAGGACGCAUAUUAUCAGAAUCUUGAAGAAGCAGAUUAUGAAGCUUGAUGUCAGUGAUUAUGGAUGCCUUGUUCUAUUUGAAGAGCUGACAAAGCAGUUAAAGGAAAUCAUAUUGAUAAGCUUAAACAGGUCCAUCUUUGACCAAGUAUAGGACGGGCAGAUGUCGUGAAAGGAAUACUCAUGGUUUCUGAAGACUGACCAUGCUCCCUCGAGUACUACGCAGCAACAAACUCAGGUCAGUGUGCAUUAAGAUCUACAAUAGUAUGUGGUUGUAAUGCAGAAUUGAAUACUUUACCUUGAGUUGCUAUAAUUUGAUCCGGCGACUUCAUGUGCUAAGGACUUCCUUGUAGACUAUGUUCUUCAUGGUCGUUAAUAAGGGCUCAGAUCUUUUUCGCUUAUUUGAAUUAUUGAUUUGUUCCUUGCCCUUGCCCUUGCCCUUGCCCUUACCAUUGUCGUUGUCCUUGAUGGCGAGAAUCUUAAUGUUCCUCUUCGCAGUGGCUCUAGACAAUGCGACGUAGAGCUGACCGUGAGAGAAUAUCGGGUCUGGUAGGUACACCCCGACAAUCGGGAUGGUCUGCC